CACUUAUCACAUCCCUAACUUCAUGAUUGUUGUGUGCGGCAUUUGUUUGCGCUGAAGUUCGUCUCUAAUGAGUUUUGUUAUCGCUGUUAUUACAAGAAAGAGAUGCUGUUUAUUUUUAUGUAACAUAAUUGACCGUAAUUGACGUAAACAUUCUGUGGAAAAUCAAGUUUCUGGAAGAAACAUCAUGACACUGUCUUGUAUCUUGAUGCGCUCGAGAGAUUUUACUGAUUUUUGUAAUUCAUCGUCAGGUUAGGUUCUUAACGGGGGACCGGCUUCAUUUUUGAAUUGAAGAUAGGAUAAGCGAGCGAUAAAAAGAUUCGAUUAAGUUAGUAAAAAGAAUAGAGGGUCAGGUUAAGAUCAAGAAAGACCUUCUACGAGAUCAGCAGUAAGGCAAAGAAAAUAAUGGGCUCGUUGAAUCUUAUUUGCCCAAUGUGUUGCGGUGAAACAUUUAACAAUCCACAGUCAUUAAAGUAUCACUUACUAAGCAUGACGGAUAAUCUAUACUGUCCUGGUUGCUCGCAACGAUCUGACUCAGUAAUGGCACUCAUUCAACAUUUGGAUCGCUGUGGUUGCGCUGAGUCAGAGACACUGUCUGAAUCAAAUCGUGAACAAGAGCAAGAAUCUCAGCAAGAAUCUCAACCAGAUGCAGAAGUACUAAUGGAUACAAACGUUGAUGGAAUAGAUCAAAGUUUUUUAGCGACUGUGAAUGACAGUGGAAUUAUGAUAGUUGGGGGACCUCAAACUAUACAAGUUGAUGAAAAUGGAGAUAUUAAAGUCGUAGAAAAGAUGGAAACUGAGGAGACAGAACAGAUGGAGCAAAAUUCUUUGGAAUUUAAGAUGGCAGACAAAGUUCCUAAUAUUAAAACAGAAGAGAAAUCUUUAACCCAGGAUCAAUUAGUAACGAUUUCAACCACUUCAGAAACAGAUGACAAAAACAGAGAUAAAAAUGUAAUUACUAUAUUACCUGAUGGCUCAGAGCUUCUAGAUAGUAGCACUGGUGCUCUUAUAAAUAUAGAUCAUAUAAAUGAUGUAGGUGAAUUAGAUGAAGAUGGACUUCUACAUGUUAAACAAGAAUUUUGUGAGAUAGAAUCAGAAGCAGUUUAUAGUUGUACUAGUUGUGACAUGAGCUUUAAUUCUCUUGUGGAACAUAUAAAGCAAUUUCAUGACGGGCAAGAAGUACUACUUGAAAUAGCUGAUCAGUUAGAUGAUAUACCUACAGUACCUGCAACUAAUACCUUACAUUCAGAAUCAGGAAACGUAGCUAAUACUAGACAAAGACAGAGUAUGAACACUUUGCGUACAGAAGAAUGUGUAGACAGUGAAGGAAGAUUGUACACAAGAAAAGUAGUACAAAUAGAAAGAUUCUGGGAUAAAACUCCAGCACAAACAUCACUUCAAUCCACUAAAGCACCAAUGAUUGAAAAGUUCUUUUCUAAUGUGGAAGGAGUGAAAGUACGAGAAAAAAGAUUAGCUACGACACCAAUGAGAAUGUACAGAUGUAAUCAGUGCCUUCAGCAAUUUUCCAAACUAGGAAACUUUCGAGUACAUGCAUGUCUUCAUGGCAAUAAUCGUUGCGAUAGUUGUGACCAAACUUUUGCAACACCGAAAGCAUUACAAUUACAUGCAAAAGUACAUGAAGGUGAACCUGAUCCAAAUCAAAAAACUUUCAUAUGCGAAACUUGUGGUACAGAAUUUUGUUCGCACAAAAGCUUGCGCUUACAUUCUCGAAUGCACGCGCCAGUUAGAGCAAGGCACGUUGAUGCACCUGAAGGAACACCUAGUGCAACAUUCACAUGUCCCGAGUGUGGUAAAACGUUAGCAGAAUCGUACAAAGAAGCGCACAUGGCAUUGCAUUCUGGUGACUCUGUAACUUGCACUGUGUGUAAUAGAAAAUUUGACUCUGCUGAUAGUUUGGCAAUGCAUGCCGCAGUACAUACAGAAUUAAGUCAACCACAUUCACCAACACCACCUACUACUGUUACUACUGAAACAGCUGCAACUGCUGAACCCGCAGAAAAUCAAAAGCCUUAUCAGUGUCAACAUUGUGGUCGAAGAUUUACGAGACCUCAUGAAAAAGUGAAACAUGAACGUAUUCAUACUGGAGAAAAACCACACGCGUGUGAAGUUUGCGGUAAAACUUUUCGUGUUUCCUAUUGUCUGACUUUACAUAUGAGGACUCAUACUGGUGUCAGACCAUACGGAUGCCAACAUUGUGGCAAAAGAUUUAAAGCUUCUUCUGUGUACAAUCAUCAUUUACUUACACACGGAGAAGAACGUGCUUAUACGUGUCCUUAUUGUCCAAAAACGUUUAAAACGCGUGUUCAAUUAGCAGGACACAAAAACAGUCACACUAAACCAUUUCGAUGUACCGAGUGUUCCCGUCCAUUUGCUUCCUUGUAUGCUGCGCGUGCUCAUAUACAAACUCACAAGAAAGACAAUAAUUUAAAAUUCAGUUGUUAUAUUUGUGGUGCAUCCUACGGUAGAGCAUUUGCGUUGAAGGAUCAUUUAAAACAACAUGGUCAAGAUGUGCUAGCUCCACCGGAACCGGCACGGGAAGAAGAAAUUCACGAAGGAGAAGAUUUUUUGCUUGCAGAAGAAGAAGUUGAGGAUGAUGAACUAGUUAUCCCGUCACCGUUGCCCGUUGCACAAUCGUCAGAAGCUGAUGAUACAGAAUGAGACUAUGAGAACUAGUCAAAUGUUUGUUACAAAUUGUAGUUGAAUAUUGUUCAAUAUAGUGAAAAAAGGUGACAGAUAAAUCCUUAUUUUACGUAGUGUUCAAAAACCAUCAGCAAGAUUUGUAUUCGUGCAUUGAAUAUUGUAAAAUUUUAAUUUUUAUGAACGAAUGACAUUCUAAUAUGAAUUGCUGCUGUGACUAGACAUGAUAGUACUCGUUUGUAAAUAACAUACUGAAUUUGUAUAUCCUCAAUGGUAUUGUGUGGAUAGAACAUGUUAAAUACGAAUAACGAAUUGUACGAGACUAUAGUUAUUAAUGCCUGUUUAAUUAAAGUAAAACAAAUCUA